UCUCCCUGUUCGUUCAUGUGUAAUUUCAGCGUAAACUGAUGCCAGAAACAAGAUUUCGCAGCUGUUAGGAGGUUUUAGACACUAAGCCACAAGAAAGCGAGUUGUAAAUUCUAGUUUUAAGAAAGCGACAGAAAGAUCAUGUGCAAAGCUCAACACUAACAUGAAUUUGACGGUUGCAGCGGAGCGCUUCUAAAGAGAGGGACGGUUUUUAAGUUUGUUGGAACACGAGACACUCGGAUUAUCAAAAGCGCAUUUUCUUCAACGCUUUUUUGGUGGACGAAAACAAAACACAUAUACAAAAACAGCCAGUCUCUCACUGUUUAUCACCGCGCAAUAACUUUGAGAGUGAUCCCACCACCUUUUGACUUCUUUCCAGACUCUGUACAAAUAACGUAGCACCACAGGUUCUUGUGCUAAGAGAGGGUUGUUUUCUCGACAGGUCUUGUGUACCUCUGCACGGGUGAUGACAAUGACAUACAGGGAAGUUUGCUCUCAGCUUAGUGAACCAUUUAUAUUUGUAUAUAAACCACAAAUGUUUUCUUUUCUUGCUGCACUGCAUUUUGGGAUAAAAUAUUUUGUUAUGCUGAUUAUUGUUCCCUUUGAGUGGGAACCUUAUUUACUUUUUUUUUUUUUUCUCCUAGCCAGUAUAAAAAUGUUACAGAAAACAAUUGGUUGCACCAUGUUACAUAGAGAAAAUAAGUUAAAUGUUAUAACUGACUCUUAUGUGUAAUCAUAACUUAAUUUCAAUCUUUUAUAAGCAUGAAUAUUCCACAUUCAAAAAAGAAAUAUAAUAAUAUAAAAAUGGUGGUAAACAACAGACAUAAUUUUGUAAUAACAUUACAAAACAAGAACCUAAAAGUGACCACAGCCACAAUAGAAAGAAAUAAAGUAAAAAACAACAACAGCAUUAUGUGUUCAAGUUGCUAUGAAUUCUGGGAAUCCAAGCACUAGCGUAGUACUAUAAACAUAUCCCUAUUACAGUUACUUAUGUACCACUGUAAUUUUCCUAGUCUUAUAAUAGUUCCCAAUUGGUCAGUCAGUUUUAUCCUUUUUUCUCUUGUCUGGAUGGGGACACUGAAAAUGCAAUCAACAACAGGGCAAGAGAUAUAUAUAUAUAUAUCCCAUCAUUCUGAUAUGACAUUUCCUCAGGAUGAUAAGAAUGUAUUAUGGUGAUGUGUUUGGAGGAACAUCUCUAAUGACUGAUCUUCUGAUGCCUCUGGAUAACACAGGCCACAUCUGCUGAUUUAUGAUUUUCUCCGCUCUAUCCCGCAGGCAGGCGAUGGUGAACAGCCGUGUGGAAACCGCCGCCGUUGCGGUAACAGGAGGCAGUGGCGGGGCAGUGCGCUCCUGUGCAGGCUGUGGAGGUCGGAUCUCGGAUCGCUUCCUGCUCUUCUCCAUGGAUCGGUACUGGCACACGCGCUGCCUCAAGUGCUCAUGCUGCCAGGCUCAGCUGGGAGAGAUCGGCAGCACCUGCUUCAGCAAAGGAGGAAUGAUCCUCUGCAAGAACGAUUACAUCAGGUUGUUUGGUCACAGUGGAGCCUGCAGUGCGUGUGGACAGUCUAUCCCUGCCAGUGAGAUGGUGAUGAGGGCCCAGGGUAACGUCUACCAUCUAAAGUGUUUCACUUGUGCCACAUGUCGAAAUCGCUUGGUGCCUGGUGACCGAUUUCACUACGUCAACGGCACCAUCUUUUGUGAACAUGACCGACCAGGUGGAGCUUUGCUCAGUAGUCACCUGACCCCCCUGCAGAGCAACACCCUCCUACCCGACCAAAAGGUAUGA